GUCGUGACGUCACGCCGCUUCCUGUCUCCACCCGUUCGCAGCCAUGAUGCAGGAAGGGCUGGACGACGGACCCGACUUCCUCUCCGAGGAGGACCGGGGACCGAGGGCAGUGAACGUGGAUCUGCAGACAGACGCCACGCUGCAGGUCGACAUCUCCGACGCCCUCAGUGAGAGAGACAAGGUCAAGUUCACCGUCCACACCAAGAGCACGCUCCCAAACUUCAAGCAGAACGAGUUCUCGGUGGUUCGACAGCAUGAAGAGUUCAUCUGGCUGCACGACUCGUUCGUGGAGAACGAAGAAUACGCAGGAUACAUCAUCCCCCCCGCUCCCCCCAGACCAGACUUUGAUGCGUCCAGAGAGAAGCUGCAGAAGCUGGGGGAGGGAGAAGGAUCCAUGACCAAGGAGGAGUUCACCAAGAUGAAGCAGGAGCUGGAGGCAGAGUACCUGGCCAUCUUUAAGAAGACCGUCGCCAUGCACGAGGUCUUCCUGUGCCGUGUGGCGGCUCAUCCUGUCCUCAGGAAAGACCUCAACUUCCACGUCUUCCUGGAGUACAACCAGGACCUGAGUGUACGAGGGAAGAACAAGAAGGAGAAGCUGGAGGAUUUCUUUAAGAACGUGGUGAAGUCGGCCGACGGCGUCCUGGUGGCCGGAGUCAAGGACGUGGAUGAUUUCUUUGAACAUGAGAAGACGUUUCUGUUAGAAUAUCACAACAGAGUGAAAGACGCUUCGGCCAAAUCUGACAGAAUGAUCCGUUCACACAAAAACGCUGCAGACGACAUCAACAGAAUCGCCUCGUCUCUCUACACAUUAGGAACGCAGGACUCCACAGACCUCUGCAAGUUCUUCCUGAAAGUGUCGGAGCUGUUUGAGAAAACGAGGAAAAUUGAAGCUCGAGUUGCAGCAGAUGAGGACCUGAAGCUGGCCGACCUGCUGAAAUAUUACCUGAGAGAGUCGCAGGCUGCAAAGGACCUGCUGUACCGGAGGAGCCGGUCUCUGGUGGACUACGAGAACGCUAACAAGGCUCUGGAUAAAGCUCGAGCCAAAAACAGAGACGUCCUGCAGGCCGAGACCAGCCAGCAGCUCUGCUGCCACAAGUUCGAGAAGAUCUCCGAGUCCGCCAAGCAAGAGCUCAUAGACUUCAAGACGAGACGAGUGGCGGCGUUCAGGAAGAACCUGGUGGAGCUGGCCGAGCUGGAGCUCAAACACGCCAAGGGGAACCUCCAGCUGCUGCAGAGCUGUCUGGGCGUCCUCAAAGGUAACACUUAACUAUAAGGCCGCUCCCACAUCCAGCUGGACACGCCCCCUGCCACAGCCCCGCCCAUAUCCAGCUGGACACGCCCACAGCGGGGCGGCGCCUGGACGGACGGACGAACGACACCGAGAACUCUGGACCAGCAGAGAGAGAGAACGAAGGGUUAAAAUAACAGGAAGUCUGUCGUCUGUAUCACUAACCCGACACCGUCCUCUUCUUCUUCAUCCUCCUCUUCCUCCACCUCUUCAGUCUCAUCCCCCUCCUCUCUCCAGCAGCAGCUGUACUGGUUUUACUGGUCCAGUAUCAGACCUGCAGCUCCUGUACUGGUUCUACUGGUCCAGUAUCAGACCUGCAGCUCCUGUACUGGUUCUACUGGCUCAGUAUCAGACCUGCAGCUCCUGCACUGGUUUUACUGGUCCAGUAUCAGACCUGCAGCUCCUGUACUGGUUCUACUGGUCCAGUAUCAGACCUGCAGCUCCUGUGCUGGUUCUACUGGUCCAGUAUCAGACCUGCAGCUCCUGUGCUGGUUCUACUGGUCCAGUAUCAGACCUGCAGCUUCUGUACUGGUUCUACUGGUCCAGUAUCAGACCUGCAGCUCCUGUACUGGUUGUACUGGUCCAGCAGGUGGGUGUGUUUGUCUCCAGAGUGACCUUCAUAUGAAUCUGUUUUAGAGUCAAAUCGUCUCUUGUUCAAUAUUUUUCUUCAUAAUUUCACAACAAAUCUUUUAAACUCUGACAACAACAGUUCCAGUUAGAUAUUUUCCUCCAGCGGUUCUGGUUCCAGUUCAACUCUGACUGGGAAUCAUUCAGGUGUUUUGAUGCUGAUGCAACACCAGAACUUUCAAUAAUGUCUAAAAAAAACGAAAGCAGCCGCACAAUAAAACAGUUUAAAACGAUCCAACAGUCAGUCAGCGAGGUUAUAAAUCUGAUCAGCUGAUCAGGCUUCGUCCAUGAUGUGAUUGAUCCUCAUUAAAUCGUUUCUUCAUCAGUGUCAUUAUAUUGUAAUUCAGCGGAGCAGCUUUUAGCUCCACAGCAUCUCUGACCUCACGGUUCCUUCAUACAAAGGUAUCAGCUCUGGUAUCCGAUCAAUACCAGCUGAUCAUCCUCAGAUCAGACGAGAUUUAAAGUUGGUUGAAGACGACAAGUUUGAAAAGUAAAAGGAUCUGGAGGUGUGGAGUUAAAAAGAGGCUAGCAGCUCCAGGGCUACAUUAGCCGCUAGCAUAACACACACCGGUCUCCAGGUGCAUUGUGGGUAAUGUAGGCGAUAGGUUUUGACAAGGAAGAAGAAUGUGACGAAUGAAAAAAGACGACAUCUCUGGUUCUGCUGCGUCAAAUAUCCAUCCUGAUGUUAAAGGAGAGAAACUAACAUCAGCGUAGCUUCAGCUGCUGUUUUCACAGUAAACAAACCUGCAGAAACUGAUGUAGUUCAACAUCUGGCCUGAUGCAGUCUCCUCCACAAGUGGUUCAAACAAUCACAUUUCAGUCUUUUCUCGAAUACAAAACACUUUGUUUUUAAUAUCCUAUCAGCCCAAAACACAGGAAGUGACUCAGGGUGGAUGUAGGAUCAGGAUCUGGAUCUGGAGUCUCAGUUCAGGCAUCAGGAUCUGGAUCUGGAGUCUCAGUUCAGGCAUCAGGAUCAGGAUCUGGAUCAGGAGUCUUAGUUCAGGCAUUAGGAUCAGGACCUGGAGUCUCAGUUCAGGCAUGGGGAUCAGGAUCAGGAGUCUCAGUUCAGGCAUCAGGAUCUGGAUCAGGAGUCUUAGUUCAGGCAUCAGGAUCAGGGUCUGGAGUCUUAGUUCAGGCAUCAGGAACUGGAUCAGGAGUCUUAAUACAGGCAUCAGGAUCUGGACCUGGAGUCUUAGUUCAGGCAUCAGGAUCUGGACCUGGAGUCUUAGUUCAGGCAUCAGGAUCUGGACCUGGAGUCUUAGUUCAGGCAUCAGGAUCAGGAUCUGGAGAGAAACCAGCCUGAGGUUUAACUGAACCCAGAACCUGACAGCUGGAGGUCAAAGGUCAAACACUGUCAGAUCCAGUGUGAACAGAAUAGAAACAUAUGAACGUCACUCGGAGGAUGAGCUGCUGAUCCCAGUCUGCUGCUGCUGCUGGAGGAACUGGUCCCAGUUGGUCUCUGCUGGUCUCCAUCUUACCAGGUCGUUUUUGUCUUUUAGUGAGUCUUAAAAGUCUUUAAAAUUUUUUUUUUUUUUUUAAAGAAGUGAAAGAAUCUGAGUGCAGUGAGAAACUUUAAAAUCAACUUGUUUCCAGAGUUUUCGAGAGUUCGUGUCAUAUUUUCUUUUCUAGAGCAGCAGAAGUGCUUUCAGUCAGAGAGCAUGAUCUUCCUCAGCUAGUCGUCCUGAAACUGUAAAUCUUUAAAUUUCCAUUAAUUUCCGAGCACUUUAAUGAAGAGAAUUCUUGAAACAAGUAGAAUUAAAGUUGAAUAAAUAAUCUGCGACAGAUUCUUUUUUAAAAAAACGAGACUUUAAAGAUUCAAAAAUAAGAAAACCGGCCGAUAACGUGGAGACUUUUUACAGUGUCUGUCCGUCUCCUCUGUUUAGUUUUUACUCUUCUGUUGCUGCUUCUGUCCUCAUCUUCCUCUUCCUCUUCCUCCCGUUUCCUGGCGGCGUGUUCGUGUGUGUCCGGGGGGGUCGUGUAGUGUCGGUGAACUUCCUGUGCUGCUGCUGCUGCUGUGUGACGGCGUUUCUUCAGUCCAGCUCUCGGUUCUCGUUCUUAUUAAAAAUGUAAUGUCACUAAAUAAUAAUAAUAAAAAAAAAAGCCUUGUACAUGUUUGUAUUAGUUAACUAAUGAACGCUAAUCAUCUUCAUCUUCAUCAUCAUCAUCAUUAUCAUCAUCAUCACUAACCGUAGCUUCUUUUUUUCUUUCUGAACCCGAUUUGUUUUGUCAUUCCAGACAGCGGAGCUUCAGUCUGUUUGCCUUAAUGUCGAUCAGUCGCUCCUGUUGAUUUAUUGUAAAGAAAAAAGUUUAAAAAAAAAAAUCACAGAAUGAAAAACUGUUUUUGUUUCCCGUUUUUUUUGUUUUUUAAAGUGCACUGUAUACGAAUGUUUUUUCACUCUUAUGUGACCAAAGCUUCCAUUUAACGAUUCAAGAUGGAGACGAAAUAAU